GGUCGUUCUUAUCAAGGGGAGACUAUCGCUCUGUGUCAACCAUUCUGAGUGUUCGUCGUCUCUGUUCGUCAGUCCAACCCGAAUCAAAGAUCGUGAGCGCGAGUAUUGGCAGCUGAAAGCGCGAACAAAUAUUUGCGGAGUUUUACCUUACUAUGACACAGCCCGACAACGCCAAGAUCGCCAUCGUCGACUUUGCUUCCUUCCUCAAUGGCUCUAACAAGCAAUCUGUCGCAGAUGCGAUGCUGGAAUCGUUCAAAGAAAUCGGGUUCGUUUACUUGGUCAAUCAUGGCCUCCCCAAGGACAAGAUACAGACAGUGUUUGAUUGGUCGAAAAAGUUUUUUGCUCAGCCAAUGGAAGUAAAACAGCUUGCCCCGCACCCUCCCUCAGGCACGCAUCACCGCGGCUACUCGGCUCCAGGCGUCGAGAAAGUGGCUCAGCACAUCUACGAUGAGAAGGAAAUCUCUGCACACAGAGCAAAGGCGCCUGACGUAAAAGAGAGUUUCGAGGUCGGUCGUGAAGAAGACAGCAUGCAGCCUAAUAUUUGGUUACCAGACGAUGUCUUGCCUGGAUUCAAAGAAGCUUGCUUGGACUUUUUCUGGGCGUGCGACGAGAUAAAGUACAAAAUCCUCUCCGCCAUUGCGCUCGGCCUUCACCUCCCCGAGGACUUCUUGAAUCAGUACCACCAGGAAUCAGACAACCAGCUGCGGCUGUUGCACUAUCCUAGUGUUCCAGUCUCCGCGCUCGCCGCGAAUUCGAUCGCCCGCAUUGGCGCUCAUUCAGAUUUUGGAUCCAUCACGCUCUUGCUGCAGGACGAUGUCGGUGGGCUUGAAGUCGAGGAUAUCAACGAGCCUGGCGUGUUCCGGGCGGCGCCCCCUGUCAAAGACGCGCUUAUCGUCAAUGCUGGCGAUCUCAUGAUGCGAUGGUCGAAUGACGUUGUUCGAAGUACGAUACACCGCGUGCAGGCGCCGCAGGGACUUGUCUCCCCCGAUGGAAUGACUCCCGAGCGGUAUUCUAUACCAUAUUUCUGCUCCACGGAUUUUGACACGGUCAUCGAGUGCCUCCCCGGCACGUUUGAUGCGCACAGACCGAAACGCUACGAACCAAUCUCGGCGACGGAGUACGUCAUGAAGCGCCUUGCGGCGAAUUACUGAGAAUACAGCGAUUGGUGUGCGACAGACAGAGGGGCACAGGGUCAUGUCAGUGGAGUUCAAUCAAGACUCUCAUCGACAUUUGGAUGAAUUACAACUAUGCAAAACUUUCAUCGCUGAUG